GGCGUUCCGAUUGUAAAUAUAAUAAGAGGUUUUCUUACCAAAGAAAAGGAGUUUCCAUUUAUGGCGGCCUUAGGUUGGGAGUCAACAUUUUUCGAUGAACCCUACGAAUAUAAAUGUGGUGGAGUUCUAAUAACACCGACUUAUGUCCUAACAGCGGCACAUUGUGCUCGUCUAAAUGGAUCUCCACCGUCUGUUGUUUUAAUUGGUGGUAACAAUUUAACCGAUUCUUCCAAUAAACCCAUAGGCGUUACUGAAGUUAUAGUCCAUCCAGACUACAAACGAAAUGAGUCAUAUAAUGAUAUAGCUUUGAUAAAACUUGAACAUUAUGUCAUCGAGAAUUCAGCUUGUCUUUGGAGUCUUUAUGCGUUGGAUAAGAUUAAUUUGACUGCAAUUGGUUAUGGAACCACGCAAUUUGCUGGUCCCACAUCUGAGAGUUUGCUGAAAACAUAUUUAUCUGUGAUACCGAAUAAAAACUGUACCCAACACUUUACAGACGAAACCACAUUGCCUAAUGGUAUACACGAAACUCAGCUAUGUGCUCAGGAUUUUGAAAGGAACAGUGAUACGUGCCAGGGCGAUUCUGGCGGCCCUUUAAUUAUGAAUUCCGUUAAUCCUGAUGGAUUUUAUACACAAUAUGUUGUUGGGAUUACCUCUUUUGGUCGUGGUUGUGCUCUAAAUAUACCCGGUGUAUAUACAAGAGUUUCAGAAUAUAUCGAUUGGAUCGAUGACAUAGUUUAUAAUAAAACCAAAAAUUCUUAA